AUGAAAUCAUUUUUAUCAUUAUUACUUUUAUUAUUAAUUUUCAUUACUUUAAUCAAUAUUGCUACAGUGAGAGGAGACUGUACAGAAUAUGAUCCUAUUCAACGUGAUUGUGUAGGUGAUGGAAUGUCUUGUAAUGCAUCAAUCAAAUGUAAUAAUGACUUUUUCUGUAACAAUGGAAUUUGUGCAAAGGCAUCUGGAUUAGGUCAAACUUGUACAGAACAAACCUUGUGUAUUCCAGGUCUUACAUGUCAAAAGAAUAUUUGUAUUAGAACAGCUUUUGUUCAACAAGGAAGUAAUUGUACAUAUGAUGGUGAAUGUUUUGGAAUGCUUCAAUGUAUUGCUGGUAUUUGUUCAUCAAUGGAUAAUUCAUGUGAUACAUAUAUUUCAUGUUCAUUUGGUCAAUAUUGUAAAGGUGGAAAAUGUGUUUCGGUUACACCUCAAGGAGGAGAAUGCAAUGUUGAUAGUGCAUGUGGAAUGGGAUCAGGAUGUAAUCAAAAGAAAUGUGUAAAUUAUUACUCUUUGGGAAAAGGAGCACAAUGUGAUAGUAAAUCAAAGAUUGACUUUUGUGAUUACAAACAAGGAUUGAUUUGUGAGAAAGCAAGUAAUACAUGUGGUCCAUUACCACCAUCGACCAAUCCUUUGGUCAAUUGCUUCUCAUCGGGUUGUAAUCAAUUGGAGCAAUGUUUUUGCGAGAGUGGAAAAAAUGUUACUCAAAAGGGAACUUGCUUCUCUGUCAUGCCAAAUACUGUCGAAAUCCUUUCCCAAUGCAAGGAUGAUUUCCAAGACUAUAUGAACUGUAUGACUAUCAACAGAUGUGUCAGUUCUCCUGACGUCAAGUAUAUUGGUAGUUGUGAAGUAGCCAAUUGUGGUAAUGAACUCUGCUCCUACAUUUCAAGUUGUGGUCAUUAUGAAGGACCUGUCAAUGUCAAUCCAAAUCCAUCCUGUUAUUCAUCCAUUCACUAUAUCUACAAAUGCUCUAGAUCUUCUGCAAGUUCCAUUUUCAAAUCAUCAUCAUUUGGUGGUCUUUUAUCUUUACUUUUAUUUUCAAUUACCAUUUCUCUUUUUCUUUAA